CUGAACGAAGGCGGAAGUCGGCUACAGUGAAUCCUCUCGCUUCGUUUCUAUACUCUCUGCUGCUGUCCACCCUGUGUAACUGCGACUAUGGUCGUCCUGAAGGGAAUCCCCUCUAUCCUGUCACCAGAACUACUCUAUGCUCUCGCUAAAAUGGGUCAUGGGGAUGAACUGGUUCUUGCUGAUGCAAACUUUCCAGCAUCCUCUAUUUGUGCCUGUGGUCCAAAAGAGAUCAGAGCUGACGGUUUGGGUAUCCCUCAGCUUUUGAAGGCCAUUUUGAAACUGCUGCCCCUGGACACCUAUGUCCCCCAUGCGGCUGCAAUCGUGGAUCUGGUGGACAGUGACAAGCGGAGGGGUAUAGAUGUCCCUUUGUGGGGCAUAUACGCACACCUCCUACGUGAGGCUGGGUCUCAGACUUCUCUUGAGAUAGUGGAAAGGUUUGCUUUCUACGAUCGAGCAAAGAAAGCUUACGCUGUUGUGGCGACAGGGGAAACAGGGCUGUAUGGGAACCUGAUACUGAAGAAGGGGGUGAUUCCUGCAGAGCUGCUGGAGUGAUACACAGACACUGAGACACUUUUUAAAGUACUGAUGUUGCCAUAUGGAUUAGCUUUAUUCCUUUCUGUGAAAAUCAAGGGAAGUGUUUUGCAGAAAUCUCAUUUUAUAAGUUCAAACAGUUUCCAGCUGAAUCCUUGAAUUACAUGUUUUCUUUUUGUUACUGUAAUUUGUGCUCUAAAUAAUCUAUGUUUUUGAGAAGCAGUCAGUCUUUGUAAAGUUUGUAAAAAUCAUCUACCUUGUACAUACAUUUAAAUAAAAACAUGCAUGAAUCUCUGA